CAGGGUACAAAAUAAAGAUUCUCCUCCAAAAAAAAACCCCAUUUUUUUCCCGGCUAUAUUGUCUUCCAUCCUAGCCCCUACAUCAUAACUAGGAGAACACAUGGUCUAAAACUGAACUUCCAAAUUCCGCCAUCUGCCCCCCAUAUUUUACACAGACAAAACCCACUUCUCAAAAACCUCCCUCUCUGCAACUCUCUCUCUCUAGAUUUCUUCGUUUUUUAUCUGUAUAACGACUACACAACGAUUCUAGGGUUUGCAGAAUCUUCUCAUUGGUUUCACAGCUGGUGAAACCCUAAUAACCUCCCUAUACACUUCCUUUCCAAAGGAACGCCAUUCUCUGUGAUUGGCCGAAAAUCCCAUCUCGUUGUCUUCGAGGACUGGUGUCUACGGUUUUAUUCCAAUGCAAUUCCUCAAUUCCUUUCACUCUCUUCUCCACAUUUGCUCAAUUGGAUGAUUAUAGGGACACCCUCGUCUCUCAUGGAUUUUAGGGUUUAAAAACCUAAACUUUGCUCAAUUUUCGAAAUCAAAGUUGGGGUUUUAAUUAUUUGUAUUUUUCGGCACAUCUUUGUAUAUUUUCGUUCGUAAAUUUAAUUUGGGGGAGUGGUGGUGGAGGACAUUGUCAGGGGGAUGAAUAGUAUCUAUAGUGAACAGAUACUCGCGGACAAGCUCUCAAAGCUCAACAACACUCAACAGUGUAUUGAAACAUUGUCCCAUUGGUGUAUUUUCCACCGGAGCAAAGCGGAGCAGGUUGUUGCAACAUGGGAUAAACAGUUCCAUUGUUCAGAGAUGGUUCAGAAAGUUCCUCUUCUGUAUCUUGCAAAUGAUAUCCUACAGAACAGCAAACGUAAAGGAAAUGAAUUUGUUACUGAGUUUUGGAAGGUUCUUCCUUCAGCACUUAAAGAUGUUGUUGAGAAAGGGGAUGAUCAUGGAAAGAAUGUGGUCUCCAGAUUGGUUGCUAUAUGGGAAGAAAGGAGAGUUUUUGGAUCCCGUGCACGGAGCCUUACAGACAUAAUGCUUGGAGAAGAAUUGCCUGCGCCACUGGAGUUCAGCAAAAAAAGGUCUCGUUCUGUCAAAAUUGUAAAAAGGGAUUCAAGAUCCAUAAGAACGAAAUUGACCAUUGGAGGCACAGCAGAAAAAAUAGUAUCUGCAUUUCACUUGGUUCUCAGUGAACAUGCUAGUGAAAAUGAAGAGAUGAAUAAGUGCAAGACUACGGUCCACCGCAUGAAAAAGAUGGAGAAAGAUGUUGAUCUAGCCCUUGCAAAAGUGAAGGAUCCAAAGCGGAAAACUUUGGCCAAAGAAUUGGAGGAGGAGGAGAAUAUUUUGAAACAGUGUUUUGAGAAGCUUAAAGUUGUUGAAGCAAAUCGAAUGGCUCUUGUAUCUCAGUUACAAGAAGCACUGCAUGAACAGGAAUCUGAACUAGAGAAUGUUCGCACACAGAUGCAGGUAGCACAGGCACAGACAGAGGAAGCUAGCAACAUGCGGAAGCGGCUUGAUGAUGAAAAUUAUGUGGCGGAUUCAAAACCGUCUACUGCAACCCCACCAUCAGUAGAUGCCAACACAAAAGCAGGGAAAGAACCCAAGAAGACUGCUGCAGCAAUUGCAGCAGAGGUUGCAGACAGGCUUGCAGCUUCUAGCUCCUCACAAUACAUUAUGAGCUCUGUUCUUUCUUCAUUUGCAGCUGAAGAGGCCAAAAAUGCUGGCUUGACAAAGUCAUCAACAAGCAAUUCAAUGGCAAAACCUGAACAACCACAUACUAUUUCAGAUCCCAAUGUAUUUAUGUCAGCACAACCUCUAAAUCCAUCAAACAAUCCUUAUCAAUCGGUUUUGGUGAGCCAACCCACAAUUCAUAGUCAAAUUCCAAUCUCUCAAGCUCAGUACCAUACUCUUCCUAACGCACCUUCCCAGCCAUAUUUGCAACCGUCAGGAGGGAUUGUGAGCUCAUAUGGUUAUGCCAGCAUUCCCCCCUUGCCACCAGCACCAUCGCCACCUCCACCCCUACCCCUCUCAUACAUGGUGAACCCAAUGAUGCCUUUGACUCAACAACAACUGCAGAUAAAUCAUCAUCAGCCACUAACUUUGGGCCAUCAGCCCUCGGCAUUAACUCAGCAGCAGCCAAUACCAUUACCUCAGCAACCACAUGCACCUCCUAGUUUUCGGCCUCUUGGCCCAAUUCAGCCUCCUGGGAUGAUGUACUAUGCUCAACCUUAUCAUUCACAGUGAAAGAGAACCUUUAGUAAGUAGACUUGUUCCAUCAAUUAGGGUUUUCUGGAUAAUAUUUAAUUUUGUGCAAAUUGGCUUUGUUCAGAUGAUAGAUACAGAAAGGUCUUACAAUAACUGGUACAUGCACAUAGAGAGCAAUUCAUAGUGCAGGUGAAGAAUAGUGGGUUCGCUUUUAAUUUUUGGGCCUUGUCCGAGCUAGGGUUGAUGGACGAUCAUGGUGAACACCCAUUGUUGCCAAAAUCAUUAUAAUUAAACUUGUACAAUGAUGGCCUAGCAGUAGCUGACAAUUUUGUAUUUGCAAAUCAAACCAGAUAAAAUCAUUUCUUUGUUUACUUAGAUAAUUUUGAAAUCUCUGAGAGUAAUAUUUUUCCUCCAAUCCUCUGUAUACAACCAACAUUGUCUACUGUUAACCCUAUAUCAUGCGACAGAGUUUUAGUUUCUUAUUUUCAGUAUUCAUGCAUCUGCUCAGGUGGGUGCUCAAGGGGAACAUUUGUAAUUGUUUACUUC